CUCCACAACAUGGCCGCCUCCCGGUGACUUCCGCCAUCCGUCCUUCAUGGCUCGGCCCUACGCGUGAUGAUGGUCUUUUCCCGCCAUUGCCGGAUCUCUCCCGCGUGAGACGCCAUGCCUGGUGUAGAUGACUGGAUUAGCACCCCUCUGAGCCUGGUGCAGGGGCUGUUUGCUCAGAAUGGACCCGGCUGGGAGAAGAAAGUCACCGAGUAUUUCCACGAGAGGCUGCGGGAGAAUAAAGCCGCCACGCUGGUCCCCAGUCUGAACGACGUCCCCCCGCAUUACCUGAAGCCGGACAGCCUGGUGCGGUUCCGCUGCAUGGUGCAGGACACGUUCGAUCCGGAGUAUUAUAUGGGAGUUUACGAGACGGUCGACCCGAGAAGCGGCUGCAGGACUCUGCAUUUUGGGAAAUACAAGGAUUUAACGGACUGCGCGCCGCAGCAUGAAGUGGAUUUAAAUUCCAGCCGCAGCGUCACGUGGGAGAGGCAGACGCUGUACUGCGUGCCGGUGCCCGGGGAGGCCGCCUGGGCCAAGGAGGCCUACAGCGGCUCCAGCCAGGCCAGAGCAUGCGCGUCCACCUCCUACACCCCCAACCGCCAGAAGAGGAGCUACGAGGAAGAGGAAGAAAUGGGUCCGCGCAAGGAACGCCACGCAGGGGACGACGGCCGCCCGGAGGCAGACAGAUCGGGAACCGACGCGCACUCAGCGCAGCAAAACCCCGCAGCGAACUGCGCCCCGGCCAUCGACCUCAACUUCCCCCUCCCCGGGGAGAAAGGCCCUGCCUGCCUGGUGAAGGUCUACGAGGACUCGGACGCCUUUAAAGUGAACGACGUUAUCGAGGUUUACGGCGUUUUAUCUGUGGACCCGGCCCUCAGUGCGGUGAAUGAGGACAGGGACGCGGCGUCCGCUCUGCUGGAUCUGUACGAGGGUAUGGACACGGCGGAGGAGCAGCGCGUGCACAGCCCCCCGGCCUCGCUCGUCCCCCGGAUCCACGCCAUCGUCACGCAGAAGCUGCAGCAUAUUAACCCCCUGAUGCCGGCCGACCUCCGGGACACCGAGGAGGGCAAACGCUUUUUUUGCAGCUUCCUGUCCGAGGCGGCCUCUGUAAGGGCCGAGCUGCUGGGCUUUCUCACGCAGGCUCUGCUUGGCGACGGUCUGGCUGCCGAAUACGUCCUCCUGCAUCUCAUCUCCUCGGUGUACGCGCGAUGUGAUGUUCUUCCCCUUGGAAAGUUCGCACUCAAUCUCAGCGGCUGCCCCCGGAACGGCUCCUUCUCCCGGCUCCUGUAUGGCAUUCUGCAGCAGCUGGUGCCUGCGUCCCACUACCUCCCGAUGACCAUCGACAACAUGAACGGUCUGCGCUUCGUGCCCCACAAGGACUAUUCGGCCAACCGGCUGGUGAGCGGCCUCCUGCAGCUGUCCUCGCAGACCUGCCUGAUGGUGGACGAGACUCUCCUGGAGCAGGGACAGCUGGAUACCAAAGGAGUCCUCAACGUGACGGCUCUGGGCAACCUGAUCACCUGGCAGAAGGUGGAUUACGACUUCAGUUACCACCGGAUGGAAUUCCCCUGCAACAUUAAUGUCCUCGUGGCCUCCGAGGGCCGAUCGCUUCUCCCGUCGGACUGUCAUAUCCACCUGCGGCCCCAGACGGCCCCCGACAAUAUGGAGCAGCAUUUAGGAGCCCUGCUCGCUGCCUCUCUGCCCACCCUGCUCAACAAAUUCCGCAUUUACCUGAGUCUCCUGCGCUUUCUGGACUACAACAUCUCGGAAGAGGUCACCAAGGCCGUUGAAGAAGACUUUGUGGAAAUGCGGAAGAGCGACCCCCAGAGCAUCAGCGCCGACGAUCUCCACCGGCUGCUGGUUGUCGCCAGAUUAUUGUCCUUGAGUGCCGGUCAGACCUCGCUGUCCCGGGAGAGAUGGCUGAGGGCAAAAGAGCUGGAGAUGCAGCGGAAAAGCAGACUUCAGGACCAGAAGUACGUGAAUGGAAAUGAACUCUGAGCGGAGCGUUGGCUCCGGAGCUCGCACUUACUCCACCCCGACGCGGCAGGACAGAAACUCACGCGAUUGUAUUAAAUCAGUGGAUGGGGAUUCGGGGUAAGAAAACGGCUGUUUGGGUCGAGAUGAAUUUGGUGCGGCAGAGGAUGCCGGCCGGUGCCCAAACUCCUAGCGCUGCUGGGUGGGAACAGAACGUUGCUUUUGUUUAAUGAUUUGGUUACUUUUUUAACCAUUAAUGGUAUUUUUCACGUUAAAGGAGCGCCUGCCGUGGCUCUGCGGGGAACGUUGUUUUUUGGCUUAUGUUGAAAUUUGCAUUGUAAGCAUUUUUUGAUAUUAAAGUUUACUAAUAAAA